AUGGGCACAACCCCCCCGGACAGCGCGGUAGUCAGCCAGGCGCUUCCACCCGAGAAACCGGAAGCGAUACGGACACGAACAAAAGUUAUACUUGCUUUUUGGGCCGUGAUAUUAUUCUUUGGGCUACCGAUGUGGUGGAAGACGACUUCAGUCUAUCGAGCUUCGUUACCCCUGGAUGAGAUGAUGAGUUGGGCGGAGGGAAAGGCAUGCAAACCAGAGUUUCCGUUAGAAAUUGUACUGCGUACGCCAUCAGUUUCAAUGGCAGAGGCCCAGAGUCUGUUGCGGACAACACAACAUGCGCUGGACGAUUUGAACGAGUUUCCAGUGCACCAUUUACGACUGAAGCUUGCGAAUCAUACCGAGACGAGAGAAAAUAAUAAAAUAGAUAUUGAUAUCGAAUUGGAGGACAAAUCAGAUGCGGCACUCGUCGUAAACCUCAUCCCCUCGGAAAUCGCAACCCCUACUUCACAACUUCAUUCGUAUUCACCGCGGAUGGAUAUAUGGUAUCCUCCUAGUCAGCUUUCGUCUGUUACAUCUACGACCUCCCCUCUUAUUACAUUCAUUGCGGGCGAAAUUCAAAAAAUAUUCAAUGAGGAAAAAGCGACUAUAGCAUAUAUAUUAGGCCAGAGCAAUUCUGCGCUGGCGUCCUCGUUCCCUGGGGCAGGUCAAUUGGCAGAACUUGUCAGCAAACGAGUGGGCGGAUCACUCAAAUAUGCCGAGACAUAUCAUCUAUCCUUUUCUCUCUUUACGCCAGGUUCGCAACCGUCGUCAUGGGAGAUUGAGGAUGCGAUUCAGGAAUACAUGGUUCCAUUGCUAGACGCAUUCUCGUCAAUCAGCAAUUUCUCGAUUGACACCCAGGUCCAGCUAUAUGCUUCUUUCUCCCCAACAUCUCCACACCCAGAGUAUGAUGAAGCCUCGCAACAAUGGACGCUCAAGGAAGAAGAUCUCAGCUCUUUUAUCAACGCCGCAGAAUGGCCAUUGAGUCCGAGCAUAGGUAGCGGACCAACCAUCAACUUUGUUUUAUAUGUCCCUGCCGCAACGCAGUCCCCACUAGUCGUCAAGGAGAGUCUUGCAACUAGCUGGAUUGUGCCGCAAUGGGGUGGCGUUGCUAUUGUCAACCCUUCCGUCACGGCCGUCGACGUAAUCAAUCCUCCACACCUAGCCAAAGAGUCCCUCAAACCCGCUCUCUUGACUUUCUCGCACCAACUGCUCACCCUCCUCGGCACACCAGCAACACCAUCCUCUCUCCCGCUCCGCCUUCAGACCUCAAUCCGCACUCGAGCAGCCACUUUGUUAUUGUCUGCAUCAUCAACAAUGGGCUCUUUAGCCCGCCUCACCCAAUCCCUCUCAUCAAUCCCCAUUCCCUUGAACGUCGCCUCCUCCGUCCUCACAACUCUAACCCACCUCUCAUCAACAUGCCAACUCCUGCGCGAGGGCAAAUUCGCAGCAGCAUUGGCAAGCGCACGAAUAGCGGAAAAGGAAGCUGAAAAGAGCUUCUUCGAGAAGAGUAUGGUGGGACAAAUGUAUUUCCCCGAUGAGCACAAGAUUGCGGUUUAUUUACCACUGUUAGGGCCUAUUGGGGUGCCCCUGCUGAUGGGGUUGUUGAGGGAGGUGAAAAAUCUGGUGGUGGAGUUUAAGAGAAGGAGAGCAUCUAAAACCUAG